AUGGCCGAAGAUUGCGCAAACCCGCUGCUGGCGGAAUGGUUGAAAGAAUGGAUGGAUGAAGCAAGACAACGGAAUAGCAAAGGUUAUACCGUUUAUAAGAAGGCCUAUCAGUCCGUCAAAGCGUGCCCUUUGACCUUUAACCACCCAUCCGAAGCUCAGCAGCUCAACGGCCUCGGUCCAAAACUUUGCGACCGACUGACGGAGAAGCUCAAAAAGCAUUGCGAGCAAAAUGGUCUGCCUAUGCCCAAGAAGAAACGCAAGAGAAAUCAGACGUCGGAAGACGGGCCAUUAGAUGCCGCCCAAGGCGAUGAUGAUGAACAGUCCUCGCCUGUGCGGCGCAAGCGGAAGGCCCAACCAUACGUUCCAAAAUAUCGAUCGGGCGCCUAUGGGUUGAUGGUGGCCCUCGGCACCCUGGACCGAGAAAGCAACCAGGCUAUCCCGAAAAUCGACCUGAUUGAACUUGCACAACCUCACUGCGAUGCGAGCUACACUGUCCCGAGCGAUCCUACGAAGUUUUUCACGGCCUGGAAGUCUAUGCAAACAUUGGAGUCAAAAGAGCUUGUCUGCACCAAAGGCCAUCCGACCAAGAGAUAUUAUUUGUCUGACGAAGGAUGGGAGGUUGCAGAAGGUAUCCAGGCAAGCAUCAAUGGCCGACCUGUUGCGGCAAAGAAAUCGAAACAGGGAAAUUCCGCACCAACUCGUGGCGUGAAAGGUUCGAAAUCGGCUUCAGCGGAGCCGGGAAAGAAACAACCAGCUUCGGCUGCUCCACUGCAGAACAGCGGCCUCAGUGGCUUUGCAGCUCGCAAAUUCUUUGAUCAGGUCGAGGUUUUAUCGGUCUCUGAGAAUGACUGGCCCGAGUCAGAACCGGAGACGAGGACUGUCGGCUUUGGAAGCGGAAAGCUUGCUGAGAGGCCGACGACAUCAAGCUCCUCUAUGGAAGACACCAUUAUCCUGCCAGCUGGGAGCUUUGAGGUCAAAAUGGUACUUGAUAUGCGUGAAGUCCGCACAACGACGGACCGAGAUUACAUUUCUGGAGAACUGAAGAAGCUCGGCGUGACCCCGAUUAUUCGCUCACUCCCCCUGGGCGAUGUCUUGUGGGUUGCAGAAGUAAAUCCACUCUACGCCGACAGUCUCAAGGCAGCAACCGUCGGCGACGAGGCUGGCGGCAAAAUGGAAAUCAUGUUGGAACACAUUCUCGAGCGCAAAAGGCUGGAUGACCUCAUCAGCAGCAUCAAAGACGGGCGUUUCCACGAACAGAAAUUCCGGCUGCACAAGUCAGGCAUAAAGAACGUCACUUACCUCAUUGAGGAGUACUCGAUCUCUUCAGAAAAAAGUGACAAAUAUGGGGAUGCACUGGAGAGUGCCAUCGCCAGUAUGCAAGUGGUGGACAACUUCUUUGUCAAGCAAACGGCGAAGCUCGACGACACGAUUCGUUACCUUGCCCGUAUGACCAGAACCCUGAAGGGCCUGUAUGAGAGCAAGGACAUCAACGUCAUUCCCGCCCAAAGCUUCGAGGCUGAGGCCGUGUCAUUGUUAUUGGAACGGUUCAGAAAGACUUCACCGGAGAGGGUCGUUGGGAUGACAUUCUCCGUAUUUAGUGCCAUGUGCGACAAGUCCGAGAGCAUGACGCUUCGAGAUGUCUAUCUCAAGAUGCUAAUGUGUACAAGAGGUGUCACUGGAGAGAAGGCGAUUGAAAUUCAGAAGAUCUGGCCAACACCGCGUGCUCUGGCCGAAGCGUUCGAGGCCCACGAAAAGGGCAACGCGCGGGAUGCAAUGAUCAGCGAUCGCCUUGGGUCUGCCAUUCCUAGGAAGAAGGUGGCCAGGGCGCUGAGCACCAAAAUUGCAGAGAUCUGGGGGUGA